CCAUUGUGUUUCGUAGUAUCGUAUACAACUGCUGUUGAUAAUGAUAAAGAUAGGAAAGAUUUACUGAAACAGUAUUCUUAUCUUUGUGGAAAUGAUCAUAUAUGUGAUGAAAACGGUUUUUCGAAUACAACAGAAGUGGAACAUGAAAACCUCACCAUGCCAUGUCCUAGGUGUGGCUGUGAUGAUUUCUGCUCGGUGACUGGAGAAUGUUGUAUAGAUAUAGAAUUCAACACGUGCGUGCGAACGUCAUUUGGUUCAGAGUGGGCGACUGAUAAAAUGUUUUACAUGAAAAAUUACUGUCCCCACAAUGCAGAAAAAGAACUUGUAAGUAGAUGUCAAGCUGCAAAUACAAAUGAAAAUUUGUUUGAAAGAAAUCCAGUGACUUCAAAAUCAACCAACAUAACUUACAGUAAUAUUUACUGUGCCAGAUGUAAUAACGAUUAUAAUGUCCUACCAUGGAACAUAUUUACAAACUGCAUCAUCAAACUGGAAACUUUCACAACUCUGGAUGAGUUGUGGAUAUAUAUUCUAAACGGAAAUCUUUCUUUUGAGUUCAUUCCGACAUUGGAAAUGCGUAGGAACAUGCAGGUUCCAAGAAGCUUGAACUUGGCAGCUGUUGUAACGUCAAAGGCAGCAUUCAGAAUGACGUCAAAAAGUGGGGACAGCAACGCUGAUCUAAGUCUGCUACCGGUUACAGACAGUCGUAAUUUAAAAACAUAUCAGAACUUAUUCUGCUUUCUGUGCUCAACCUUAAAUUCGAAAAGAAUUGAUCAACAAAAGUAUAUAUUUCCAUGGAAGAUGCACAUUGAAUGUCCAAACAUCUUCAACUUUAAGCGUGAGAGAAAGUGUCGCAGUCUUUUCUGUCCUUUGGGAAAGCAGCUAGUGAAUGGACAAUGUAUACCUAUGUUUUUAUCCUUUAUAUCUAAAACUUACAACAUUGCAUUUACGGCGAGCUUUAACACCAGCUACGCUGAGAAUAAAUCAGUUCGGAUAUGCGCCAGUGAUUAUGAUUCUAUUGAUCAUUUAAAGUCUUAUGACGUAUCAUCCCUUCUUCACUCGACCUCAGUCAAUUUACUUCAGAUACUAACAAUUAUUACAACAAGUAUUUCUCUUCUUUCUAUUGUUACAACAUUUAUUGUGUACUGUAUUCUCAGAAAGCUUCGCACAAUACCUGGUCAGAAUUUGAUGUGUUUUAUGUGUUCCCUGUUCUUCGCACAACUGUUUACCCUUGUCAAGGACAUCUUCUCCCGUAACAGCUUGGCUUGUACAGCUGUUGGUAUGUUAACGUAUUACUUCUGGAUUUCAUUCAACAGUAAAAACCCCUGCAAUCGUACAAUGUCCAUGUACAUCUUAUACACAUAUCUGACCCCGCUUAUUUUCAUCGCCAUCACUAUUGGAUAUCACAUGAAUCGUUCGUCGUUUUCCUUGACUGGAUUUGGGGGUAGUAUGUGUUUUAUGAAUGGCGUAAGAACUAAAGUAUUCUCUUUUAUCGUUCCGAUCUCUGCGAUUUGUUUCGUUAAUGUAGUGUUGUUCACCAUUACACUUUGUAAAAUUUAUCACUCUCCUGAAAUUGAAAGUGGUCCCAGUCGAAAUGAUCUUUCAUUAUAUCUAAAGUUAUUCCUACUGACGGGAGUAACAUGGGUAUUUCAGAUAAUCGAUGGGUUCUUUGACAUCUCCCCGUUCUCGUACUUAGUGGCUGUAUUGAAUGGGUCACAGGGGCUUUAUAUCAUGAUAUCAUUUGUAUUUAAUGGUAGAGUCAAACGAAUGUUUCAAGAGAAUGGUGUGUCUGAUAAACCGAGGCUCAGAAAUCAAGAUGUAAAGGAUUGACAAUGUACAGGAGAGGUACAGAUGAAAACUUAUGGAAAAACCCUCUUAGAAUGAAUAUUCGCUAAUAUAUGCCGUGAAUAUUUAUGAAUAUAA